AUGAUAUCAUCGACCAGUAAGAAGUUUAAUGAAGAUGCUAUAUUUGAAGAUGACGAUGAUGAUGGUGACACUGUGAUGUUUGCAAGCACUUUGCCAAACAACAACAAUAACAACAAUGAUAAUAUAGCAAAUGAAUCUUCAUCAACACCCAACAUUACAUCUGAUGUUACUACUAGUGAUCCUACUACUACUACUACCAAUACUUCUACCAAUACGAUAGUUUAUGGACCACCAAAGAUUGAACUUCAAAGAUUCUUUGGGUAUAAUCAAUUUGAUAUUCGCGCCAAAGAACAGAAUGACAAAAGAUACCAAAAUAUAUCAUCUACUCUGACACUCUAUUCUGAAAUUACUUAUAUAAUUGCACCACAAAAAGCAUUAAAAUCAUCUUUAUUAUUUCAAUAUGGAUAUUCAUUUGCAAGAGAAGAUAAGUUUGUAUUGUAUUGUUGCAACAAAAAGAGAUUUGAAGAGUCGGCACCGUUUGGUGUACCAUCACAUCUGUCCAUUGACAAUAAUGAUGUUGCAUUUAAAAAUAUAAAGAUUAAAACCUUUGAAGAUGAUUCCAACAUGGACCUCAGACACUACUUUAUGGAUUUUCCAUCAUACGAUAUAUUACCAGAUUUGAUUCUCAUCGAUGACUUUACCUUUUGUUUCAAUUCUGGAUCAAAUCUAUUUACAGAUUAUGCUAAAACUUUGGCCUAUAUAAAAGAUACUUUAUCUUUUAUUAAUCACAAAAGGCAAUUGGAGAAAAAACAAUCACCAUGUUUUGUUAUUAUAACAGAUUCUACAUAUAAUGAUAAAUUUCAUUAUGCACUUCCAAGAUGGGUCAAUUUAAUUUUGACAAUUGAUGAUACUGAACAAUUAAUAUUCCAACAACAACAGCUUUUACAACAACAACAACCAACAUUUCAACAACAACAACAACAAAUCCUACUACAUUUACAAAAUCUAAAGGAAAGAAAUUUAAUUUUAAAAGUUCCAGAUAGAGGUAUAUCUUUUGGUCCCGGGAUUUUGGAGAAUAAUCGAGAGUUAUUCUUAAGAUCUACAAGAUUCAUCACUAUCAAUGACAUGAUAGUGUUGAAUAAUUUUGGCAAUCGUGAUCUAACCUGGCCAUAA